AUAUCACUGCAACGCGGUAUCGACCUCAAAGCACUCGCCGAGAAAAUGGGCCGGUGCUCAGGCGCCGAAGCGCGUGGUAUAUGUACAGAAGCAGGUAUGUACGCGCUGCGGGAGUGGCGACAACAUGUCACGCAGGAAGACUUUGAGUUCGCUAUUGCGAAGGUACUCAAAAAGAACCAGGAGAGUUAUACAUUGGUCAACAAGUUGUUCUCAUGAAUGUAUUGCGCUUGGUAUUUGCAUGAUCCUUUUUCCCAUCCGUGCGGAC